AAAACAAAAUCUUCAGUUAACAAAGACAAUCUCUGGUAAAAACAACGCAAAUCCUCACUCUGCCUUCGAGUUCCCGUUGCAGUAAAUAAAUUCGGUAGGGCGCCCGUUGUUUUGAACGUAUUUGGCGCGAGACUCUACCCUAGUCUCUUAACAUGAAUUCCAAUUCCGGACGAUAUCCAACCAGUAUCUAUUAGUACGUACCUAUUAGAGUUCCUGAAUCGGCAUAUUGCUCAAGAACAAGUGAAAAUGUAUUCAGACCGUUGGUAUCUUUAUUUGAAUGAUUUUCGGUUGAGAUAUCGAAAAAAAAGUAAUGAACAUUUUAAUCGAAACCUUAACUACACUUAGUGAACAUUCAAUUUUAUUAGAAUAGAGUUGUUUAUAUAAUCAAUGAAGUCCAUUUUGAGUAUCUUCAUCAAAGUGAAAUAAAACGGAUCAGCGUGGUGAAUGACAUACUCCUAGAUAUCAGUGGUCUCUUUUCAUCGUCAGUCAACGAUACUUCCGGUGUAUUAGUUCCGUUGAGUGUAGACACUCAACGUUAGUUCUGUGUGUAAUGAAUUUUAUCCCUUAUUUGUAUAGAUAAUCGGUUGCCGUCCGGUGCUCUUUUAAUACACUUGGCGCGAGACGAUACCGAGUUUCUUGAUAUACAGUAUUAUCUCGACAAAGAAGAGGCCUUAUCUUUUUGCUGAUAAGCUGACUGAUUCCCGCAUUAUUUCACUUUCGUUGAAAUUGAUAACUUUUCUAAUUCGUUUGUCGUGGAGAAACAAAAGCAUCCAACCGUACUGAGUCAUUGAAAUUUUCUGUUCUCCCUAGCAGAGAGCAAGUAGCCAGCGAAGCAACCUGUGUCAAUGUGUAUUGUAUUGCACCUAAUAUGUGCAGUGGAUGAUAUGGCUCCUCAAUGUUGAAAGAUCAUGGCAGUGAACUGUGCCACACCCUGGUAUUUGCUAUCAUUAUACACCUCUCGUAUAUCAGGGUAAUACGCGGUGUGUUCCUAGAAUGAAAACUGUGUUCCAAAAAAAAAAUUCAGUUGUUCUCGAAGUACCAGUUUUGCAAAUCUGAAGAUUCACGGUUGUGUGUGUGCUAGAUCUAUGGUUGUAUUAUAAAGUAGUCGUCUUCUGUAGUAAAAUCACCAGGUGAAUUGUUAAAUUUUCCUACAGACGCCAAUGCUUUCCACUUGAGACCUGAUGAAUGCCAAGAGCCGUACCUCAGGUUUCAACCAAUGAGAAAAAAGUAGACAUGUAACAUUUCAGGCAAUUAAUUUAAUAAUUGCUGCAAACUGUUAGUACAAGCUAAGACUCUGAAAAUGGUGGAAAGCUCAGAGGUACUAUGUCGAUCCAGGAUAAUGCACUGUAUGAGACUACCCCUGCGAUCAACAGAGCAGAUUUACCUAGUAUUUUUAAUUCCAACUUUGUUAAACUGUGCUAUAUACGUGAUACAUUUCUCCUUGGAUCUAGUUGUUGUAGAGCAACAUUUUCGCGAAGGAAAUUCCAUAUGGGGAAGUUGCAGCCUUGUCAUUAUGUAUGCUCCAAGCAUCACCUAUUUCAUUUUGACUGUUUCAAGACCGGACUGGUGGAUGAGCCAGGAUGAAAAAAUUUCCAAAGGAGUUAUCACGUGGUUCAUGCUUCAAGUUUGUCAAGUAUUUGCUUUUCCGCUGUUCGCUCUCUAUAGGUACGCUGGUUUGAUUGUGCUGACAGUUGAUGCGAUAAUGCUCUCAGGAAUAGAAAGAAUGAAGACACUGAACAUUGCCGCUAAGCCUGCAGCAAUAGAAUUAUACUUCUUUCUUCAAGCUUGGUUUCAAGCAGCACCCCAAGCUGUAUUUCAAACGCACUUGCUCUUCAGUCAACAGACUGUUAAGCGCUCACAUCAAUCUGGGAUUCAAAUAUCAUGCAUUCUCAUAUCGAUAUUCGUGCUUUCUAUUCAAACAAUGUCGUUUCAAAGAUUCGAAAGCCAGAGAAUAAAAGGAAGAAAAUUACCAUGGGCAAUGUGGUUGAAGAAGUACCGGGAUCAGGAACUACAAGAGUUUGAUGACAAACAUUCAAUUGAGUCUAUCCGAAUAUUGGACACCGAGAAAAAAAACAUCCACGAUAAGGGCGUUGCCAAAGAAUUGGUAAGCACAGCACGUUUUGGGAGUACAAAUAAUGUCCAGGAAGCAGAGAUGAAUACUAUGAAGUUCAACCAUCAGAUAUCGACCAUUCCUCCUCUGCCACCAAAAAACGUGCACAUUACACCACCUCCAACACCUUUGAGAGGGGUAACAAGUGUAAUACCAUUACAAGUUCCUGAUGUGCUAGCCCCUCGCCGACCAGAUUUCAUAGCGAACCAAACCGAAGCGGGUAACAUAGAAGCAGCGACGUCACGUCCAGUGAGUCAGAAACCAAUGAGAUCCACUUUACAAAAGUCUAAGAGUUUGAAACUACCAAAACGAAGAUAUUCUGAGAAAGGACUUGACGAAGAUGACCCUGCAGGUAAAGCAAUAGCUUCGUUAUGGUGGUUUUUGUUCAUUUUACCUCGCGUAUUCUCCAUAGCAGUGUUCUACAAAUUUCAUCCCGGUGUAUUAUUCACUGUACUUGUUGCGCACUACCUUGUGAUGCUAGCUUAUAUAUUUUACCACGCUAAGGACUUUACAGUGGUAACAUUUUUCAUGAAUCUAUGGUUGGGUUUGAUUUACAUUUUUGGGGCAAUAGAGUACCAAAUUAAAUUCAAGUAUGCGAAUCGUUGGCUUUCUUUUUAUUAUGCAUUCGCAAUCGCACAAAAUUCAUUAUUCACGGGGACAUGGUACUUUUUGAGUGAGUGGGAUGGAUUUUGGUACACUUUUGUAUUUUGGGCGAUAUUUGGCAGCAUGGGGCUCUGUAUCAUGUCAACUCUGGUAUACCAACUUCUGUUGAAACCCAGAAAGCAACAAGUUUAUGUGAGCUGAUCAUAUUCGUAUUUUGAUAAAGAAGGCCACACAGGUAUUGAUAUUUUAUCUCGAUACAGAGUGUUAGUAAAAAGUUGAUUUUCACUAUAUUAUAUUAUCUCUUAGAAUGCGAGGAUGCGUCACAAAUCUGUCCUGUGACACUGAACACGAGUUAACAUUUGUACCUGAGAUCCAUAUUAGACAACAACUCACGACUGCGAGCGAUAAUUAAAAUAAAUUUAUCACACUUUAAUGUAGAAGACUGAUACAAUAACUAUGUCACAGAAGUAGCAUCAUGUUCUACCAAUUAACGUAAUCGAAUGCGAAGUGGAAUUUUAACCGGAUGUGUAAAAGCGAAGGCAUUCAAAUUGUGUGCCAAUCAGAGGACACAGUAAGUGUGGACGGUUGAAUACGGGUACAAAACUAAUUACAUAAAAAAUCACUGGAUUAUGUAACAGAUAUAAAUUUUCAAUGUCGCAUUUUUCGUUUUCAUUUUGUAUGACACACGACAGUUGAUAAUCCACUUAGAGUAUUAAUGUAUCGAGUUAUACUUUUUAUGCCUCUCAUUUGCACAAUGUAAGUCAUCUCAGGCAUUAUCCAUCAACUAUUCAUUUAUUCAAUAAUAAUCAAUACGCAACAUCUUGAAAUGUAUCGGAGCCUGAUUCGCAUAUUGAUUUGAAUUUAACCAGCAGUUGUUAAGUUUGACCACCUUCCAAACAUCAGUUACAUCUGGUAGCGUUCUAGUUUGUAUACACGUUAUUGGCAAACAUUUCAAUAAAAUAAUACCUCUACAUGUA